CCCAACAUCCGGGACAUUGAGAGCGGAGCGGCGUGUGGAAAGUGGGUAAGCAGGGCAGCGGAGGGCGGACAGGCGGGUUGAUGACAGCUGUCAGUGCGGACAAAAACACCACGGAUCUCUGAAGAGGAGCCGGAUGGAUCUUCCCUGAACCUCCAGCGCGGACGGGACGACGCCUCGGUGGUAUCGGGGACUAUAAGACGGUGUCGCGGAGGUGUUUACGUACUGUCUUGUGUAUUUUCUGGACUUGUACAUCAUCUGUAGAGCUACAGUUGCAGAGGCAACAUGGGGACACAAGGCACUGGUAGAAAGCGUGCCCCUGUGAAAGAUCGAUUCUCAGCGGAGGAUGAGGCCUUGAGUAGCAUUGCCCGAGAGGCGGAGGCCAGGCUGGCAGCGAAGAGGGCGGCUAGGGCGGAGGCCAGGGAUAUUCGAAUGAGGGAACUGGAACGGCAGCAGAAAGAGCAUUCUUACCACUCAUCUGGCAGUAGCAACAGAAAGUGGGGUCAGAUCCACCAGUGGAUGGCUGACUCUGAAAAAGCCAGAACCUCUAGUAGUAGUAGGUCCAGCAGUCGUCCGCACCGGGGGCUGGAUGAUGAUGUCAUGUCAGUCCGCAGCUACAGGUCAACUUCAUCAGCAGUACGCGACCUUGGUUCUAGUUUAAGUCGAUCCAGCUCGCGUAGAAAAGAUGCCCUGUCUGACAGCCUCUCCACCAGCUCUGCCCUCAGGAGUUCCCGCUCCACUGUAUGUACACGUAUAUCUAUUCCCUCAUUACUGCUGCCUUCCUUCCAGCCAUUUGACUUACUCAAGCUUCCUUUUUUCUGGGCUGAACAGAGUUCUGUGUACAAUGACCUUCAUGGCCAUAAAAAGGCUUCAUCCAGCUCCUCGAAGAAGGACCUGCUGACUGGUCUGUACCAUGAUCAGAGGAACUACACCAGCCUCACCAAGAACAAAGCUCCGCCCUCCACCUCCUCCUAUCAGCCUCCGCCCUCUACCUCCACCUCCACCUAUCAGCCUCGGGCCACCACUUCCUCGUCCUCCACCACGGGUACAGGGCUGUCUCGCAGCCAUAGUAUGGCCUCUAUUUGUGACGACACGGGUCUUUACGUCUCGGGCUACAGUUCAAGAGCUCCCUCUGAAUACAGCUGUUACUCCUCUUGUGCCAGCUCCACCCGCAGCAGCCCUGCGUCUUCCUCAGAUGAUGACACUGUCAGCAGCGUGUCCCAGGAACGCUUCAACAGAGGCCGCAGGGACAGUGUGUCGUCCGACUUCUCAGACAUUAGUGAGUCGGCUGCUGAUUAUUUCAGCCGCUCCAACCGAAGGGGCAGUAUUGUGUCUGACCUCGAUGAUUUGAGCAUUCCAGAUCUGGACGCUCUAGAUGAAAAAUGCGACAAGCAGUAUACAGACUACAGUCGGCCGUCUUCACGCUGUGCCACCCCAAGCCUCUCAGCAGCCACGUUGGCAUCACUGGGUGGCACCUCGUCCCGGCGCGGCAGCACAGACACCGGAAGCGUCUAUGAUGCUGACACCAGUCUGAGUGAGCUUAGGGAUAUCUAUGAGCUAAAGGACCAGAUUCAGGAUGUAGAGGGGCGUUACAUGCAAGGGCUUAAAGAGCUGAAGGAGUCACUUGCUGAGGUGGAGGAGAAGUAUAAGAAAGCCAUGGUAUCGAACGCGCAGCUGGAUAACGACAAAAACAACCUCAUCUAUCAAGUAGACACGCUAAAGGACGUCAUAGAAGAGAUGGAGGAGCAAACGUCAGAGAUGAGGAGAGAGCUUGAAGAAAAGUCAAAGGAACUAGAAAGGCAAAAGCACACAUGUACAGUCCUGCAGCAUAAACAAGAAGAACUGAAGGAGGGAAUUCGCCAGAGAGAUGAGCUUAUAGAGGAGAGCCAGCGAAUGCAGACUAAGUUAGAUGCCCUCACCAGAGAGGUGUUUGACCUGCAGGAAACUAUAAACUGGAAGGACAGAAAGAUUGGGGCCCUAGAGAGGCAGAAAGAGUACUUUGAUUGCAUUAGGAAUGAGAGAGAUGAGCUCAGAGAUGAGCUCGCUGACAUCAAGGAGAAGGCCAAAGCAGGAGAGAAACACGGGCUGGUCAUCAUCCCAGAGGGCACACCGAACGGAGACGUCAACCACGAGCCCCUGUCCUCAGGGAUCACUGUGGUCUCCCAGGAGGCCGCCCAGGUGCUGGAGUCUGCAGGAGACGGACCGCUGGAUGUCAGGCUACGGAAGUUGGCAGAGGAGAAGGAUGAACUGUUGGCUCAGAUCAGGAAGCUGAAGAAUCAGCUGGAGGAAGAGAGACAGAAACACUCGAAGGUGGACAGCACGUUCACGGACGGGGAGAGGAUGGAGAAUGGUACUGACCUGCACUUUAUUGAGAUGCAGAGAGACGCCAACAGACAGAUUAGCGAAUUCAAGUUCAAGCUUUCUAAGGCAGAACAGGAAAUGGGCACAAUGGAGCAAAAUAUUAACAGACUUGAAGGGCAAGUGUCCAGGUACAAGUCAGCGUCAGAUAACUCGGAGAAAAUAGAAGACGAGCUUAAAGCGGAAAAACGGAGACUUCAAAGAGAGUUACGCACGGCUCUAGAUAAGAAUGAGGAGAUGGAGAUGACCAACAACCACCUAGUAAAGCGCCUUGAGAAGAUGAAGGCCAACAGGAACGCCCUCCUGUCGCAGCAGUGAGGCAAGGCAGCGUCACCACAGAAGCCCUUAAACUCGCACCUCAGACCUCUUGACUGCCAUAUUUGCAUCUGGAGCCCAUUUCCAUUUUCAGCUGUAACACUUUAAGAUUUGUAGCUAACCAAAAAAACACUUGUAGCACAGGAAGAGAAACAAAACGGAACUGUGUCUGUUUUCUUUUAAAACCCUGAAGUGUCGGUUUGAGCUGGCGAGCUGCCAGUGUUUUGGGAGGAAUGACUCUAAAUAAAACUUUAAAGUUGCUGGGAGAUACAACUGAGGAAAGAUCUCUUGUCACUACUUAAUUUCUCUGACCUUUGUACUACAUCAUGUUAUCCAGGCGAUUUCCUUUCCCUCUGGCUGGGUGCUUGGCUGUAUUGUUUUGUUUAUUAUUCUUUUUUUCUCUCUUUUUUGAUAAGUUGCAUGAAUGAGUAUAAUGAUGCUUUUUAAACUAUUCAACCCUCACAGCUGCUCCAGCCCUGCACCUUCUCUGCUUCCCCUCACACAGUGAAGUGCCUUCUCACACUAGGAGACAGGGGGUCUGCGCCGCUCCAUGAAACAAUAAUAGUUUUAACAGAAGGUACAGAAUGAUGUAUUUAAGAAGAGGUGCGUCCGUCAUCUGAAAAUAUAUAGAACCAACUUUGUCUGCUGCGGUUUCAUUGGAAUUUUUUCAAAUAUUUAAAAGAUUUCUUGAAAAUAAAUGUGUAAUUUACAGAA